ACUGAAUGUGCAUCGGGAGGCUCUCUACAUAAUGUAGGCUUGACGUUGUUUCACGGCGCAUAAACAAAUGCACAGAGUACAUAAUAUUGCUAAUGAAUUUGUCUAUAAAAUGCCUUUAUAAAAAAUUAACACUUGCCAGUAGAGGGCAAUGCUAUAUUUGUCGACUAUUUCAACAAGGACCAUUUCUUCUUCGGAAAUGUCAACAGAAAACAGGAAAAUCCGUACAUUUUCCUCACGUAUGAAGUGCUUGAAAACGGAUUGCCGUGCUGUGAGCUUUGGAAGAAAAUAAGUGUGCGUGAGGCACCAUGUCUGCUGCUUGCCCACCACAGUCUCCUGCUGUGGCAAAGACAGAGGUGGUGGUGGAUGGAUGGUGCCCCCUACUGGCGGCCACCUUUGCGUACUGGGACAACAUCCUGGGGCCCCGUGUGCGGCACAUCUGGGCCCCCAAAGGUCAAGGAUCACUGCUGCUCAGUGAUGGCGAGGUGACCUUCCUGGCGAACCACACGUUGAACGGCGAAAUCCUGCGCAGCGCAGAGAGCGGCGCUGUGGAUGUCAAGUUUUUUGUCCUGGCAGAAAAGGGCGUGAUCAUCGUCUCGCUGAUCUUCGAUGGCGAGCUGAAGGGCGACAAGAACACUUGCGCGCUGUCCAUCAUCCUGCCCCAGGCUGAGCUGGGAUUCUACUUGCCCCUUCACAGCGUCUGUGUGGAGAGGCUCAAGCACAUUGUGCGCAAGGGUCGCAUCCGCAUGCAGAAGGGUUACAAUAUCAUCUCCACGUUGACAUCUGAGAUUGUUCCAAUAAUGGAGCUUCUCUCCUCCAUGAAGACGCACAAUGUACCAGAGGAAGUUGAUAUCAAAGACACAGUAUUGAAUGAUGAUGAUAUUGGAGACAGCUGUCAUGAGGACUUCUUGCACAAAUCCAUCAGCUCUCAUCUACAGACCUGCGGCUGCUCCGUUGUUGUUGGUAGCAACCCAGACAAAGUCAACAAGAUCGUCCUCACGCUGUGCCUCUUCCUCACUCCCACUGAGAGGAAGUGCUCGCGACUGUGCCGAGCUGAGGGCUCCUUCAAGUACGACACGGGCCUGUUUGUCCAGGGCCUUCUGAAGGACUCCACUGGGAGCUUUGUGCUGCCCUACCGGCAGGUGCUCUAUUCUCCCUAUCCGAGCACGCACAUUGAUGUGGACAUCAACACGGUGAAGCAGAUGCCCCCUUGCCACGAGCACACUUACCACCAGCGCCGCUACAUGCGUGCCGAGCUCGCCGCCCUGUGGAGAGCCACCAGCGAGGACGACAUCAGCUCCGACAACCUCUUCAACGCCCAGGACUCCUUCACCCCUGACCUGAACAUAUUUCAAGAUGUGAUGCACAAAGACACACUGGUGAAGUCUUUUAUAGAUGAGGUUUUCCUGUUGAAGCCAGGCCUGUCCUUGAGAAGUGUGUACUUGUCCCAUUUUCUGUUGGUGCUGCACAGGAAAGCACUGACACUGCUCAGAUAUAUUGAGGAUGAAACCCAGAAGGGGAAAAAGCCAUUCAGAUCUCUGCGCAAUAUGAAGACUGACCUGGACUUGACUGUGGAGGGGGAUCUGAGCAUUGUCAUGGCGAUGGCAGAGAAGCUGCGGGCGGGCCUUCACUACUUCGUGUUCGGGAAGCCCUUCUUCACCAGUGUGCAGGAGCGCGACCUCCUCAUGAACUUCUGACCGUUCACCUGCAAACUUUUAAAGGAUAGAGUCAUCAGCCCGCAGAGCAUCCUCUGCUGGACGUGCGGUCCUUCAGCCAGAUGGGCAGCUCUGUGUAAAGAACUGCGUAUAUGGGGUGCUACGGAGAAUCACUGUUCAGUUUGCAUGGCACUGUGUUUUCAGACUGACAAGCAUAGUGUUAUUUGGAUGGGUACAAUGUUUUGCUUUUAAAUACUGAGGGCCUGUGCAAUGUUAAAACCUUCACUGCAUCCAUGAUGAGUUGAUUUAAACGAUGAUGAUUGUGACGCUGCUAGUGAAUGCCCCCUGAACACAUGGCCUUACUCCCGGGUAUCUUCCUCUGUACACUGAAAUGUUACACAAUGUACAUAACACUUUGCUAUGAGGCCUCAGCAUAAAUUAAACACAUCUUCAUAAAUGCUU